UCGAAGGCAGAAAAUAUAAGAGGAGUGUUGUUUAGGAAUGCCUUGAAAGUUAACGUUUCAUUGUAACAGCGGUCGGCUAAUUUAUCCAAAGAUGGCUUGCUGUACGGGGAGAUGCAUCCUUUUCUUCAUCCUAGUCCUUCAAAUGCUGGUUGUUGUGGAGCGACAAGUUUUCGAUUUCUUGGGAUUCAUGUGGGCGCCUAUCAUCGCAAAUUUCAUCCAUAUUGCUUUUCUCAUCAUAGGAAUAUUUGGUGCCUUUCAAUACCGCUCUGCUUAUGUUAUAACGUACUCUGUUUGGUGCCUUGUUUGGUUUGGAAUCAAUCUCACUGUCAUGUCAAUUUAUCUGGAAAUUGACAGACUGACGCAUGAAGAUGAUUGGUUAAGUCUGAAAACUGGUCAUAAAAGCUGGUGGGCAGAAAAUGGUAUUGGAUGCAAAACCGAGUCUUCAAAUGACAAUACAGAUAGUCCAACGAAUGGAUGCUUACUUCACUUUACAUAUGUGGAAUCAGUACAAGCUGCGGCAGAAUGCAUAUUUGCAUUUAUAGGUUUCUGGUUAGGAUGUUGGGUCUCCAGGUCUUUUACAGAAGAGGAUGAUCAUUUUGAUUUCAUUGGUGGUUUUGAUUCUAAUUCUGCUCAUCAUCCACCUUCAAAAUCAUCGCGAAUGCAAAUGCAACCAAUGUAUAUUUCCACUUGAAAACGAUGUAGAUUUCACUGUUGAGAAGACACAAAACUGCCCAAGGGGAUUGCAAGUCCUGAGAGAGCUUUUAGUGUAAUUGAAUUAUUGUAAGUUUUAGUCAAGAAUUUUCAAAGUGGAGGAUGAAAGCUUGGAAGUCAAUGCUAGAGGUGUGAUGGGUGUUUUUUUUUUUUUUUUAUGUGCAUAGCUUAGUGCUGGCAUUUAAUUUAAAUUUAGGUUAGAGUUAUCACACUGCUGUACGACACACAUAAAUUGGGAAACCUGUGCAAGAAUACCCUUUCUGCCAACAUACUAUGCAAAUCAUUUUAAAACAGAGAUUAUCUGUCAUAGAGGUGAGGGAUGGAAAGGCAGUUAGUGCUAAUCUAGGAUUAGAAUAUAACCUUUGUUUGAUUUGCAUGGAUUAGCUUAUGUUAGGAUCAAUGUUUGAUACACUUGAAUCUUAACAUGAGGCAUGCGUGAAACAUCAUUCACAACUGUUUAAGAAAGCUGUUAAGGUAAACAAAUUAUAUAUUAUGCUAACCCUGGGUAAGCUCAUAACCUUCUAACUCCCAGAAGUGAUGAACAAGUAACUUCUCCCUAUAAUGCCCAUACAUCAUCCAGCAAACAGUUAAUGAGAAUACUUAAACUUAUCAGGUAGAAGUUAUUAUCUUGAUCUAACACCAAAUUGUCGUCACUGAUUUUCAAGGAUAUGUAUAGCAGCUGUAGGGAAGAAUUAAAACUCAGAUCUUGGAAGUUAUAAGGGUUAAUUGUGUUUUGAACUGCCCAGCCCAGAGAUUAAAGAAGAGGCAGCAAUGUUGCUCUUGUAAAUUAAGCAAGUAAAUUUAAUCAAUUAUUCAUUAAAUGCACAAUAAUAUUGUAUCUUCCUUGUAAUAUUUCAAUUAGUUUUGAAUUUAUUGGAUUUUCAGCAUGCAAUUUUAAUAAUUCUAGUUACAGUUGUUCCCCAUGUGUAAAUAAUAGUUAAUUAUCGUUUUAGUCUUUGUUUUAAGAUCUGUAGGUUCAUCUUUCUUCUUUUGGAAAAUGAUGUUACUUAAUGUACAUGGACUGGAACUCAAAUAGUCUCAAUUAAGAAGUUUUCCAUUUUUAGCCGUAAGAUAUAUCUGGAGUGGGAAGUAAUUUCAAUCAUUUCUUGAAAUUGGUUAUGAUGGCUUUUCUAAAAAAUUUAUGCACUGCUUAUUGUACAUGAUGGUAGAAGGGUUUUUUCAUGUUAAAUCACAUUUGUACAAUAUUCCUUUUUCAUUGUUGGCUAAAGUCACCUUUAUAGUACUUAUAACUGUGAUAAAACUAAUUUUUUUUAAAGAAAACGAUAGGGUAACUACGAGCCUUGCUUUCAUGACAAUUAAAAGAGAAUCUUAAAAUAUUCUCUUAUCUUAUGUUUUACAUUAAUUUUGUAUUGUAUGCAGUAGUUCGUUGGUAUUCAGGGCCUCAAAAUGACUUUUCAUAACUAAUGUAUAAUGUCUGAACCAUUUUGUUUUAACUUUCUAGUUAUGCUAACUGUAAAAUAACACUUUCAGGACCUCAGAUUUAUGGGAGCUGUUAGUUAGAGGAGCAGAAAAUGGUCCCUAAUUUGUUAUUUUUUUUUCCUUUCACUUUCCCCCUCAUCCGGAAAUAUAUUUUCCUCAGCUAUUGCGUGGAGUUUUCACCACACAAAAAACAAUAAAUAAAAAACAGGCAGUAGAGAACAGGCAGUGUACGUUUAAUACUUGCCUUGUGUCAGUUGCUAUAAACUGAAUAUCGUGUAUGAUGUACAUUUCUGCUUUCUCACUAAAUGAAAAUUUUAUGUGUUAGAGGACAGUGUUAAAUAUUUCAGAAAGGCACAGAGCUGUACACACACUGAAGUAUCUCACAGGGUCAAGAACUAUAUAUUAUAUGAACUAAUUAUAAGUUACUUAAGCGGAAGCAGAUAACAAUUAUGCUUCACAUAACGUGAGUUAGUGCAGAAAGUACGAUGUUAUUUAAUUUUCAUUUUUUAGCUUUAAUUGCUUUGACUUUCUUUCUGUCAUCCUUUUGUUUGUUUCAUACUUGACUCUAACUAUCCGCAUCGCUUUAAAUCGUUGAAUAUGAUUCAUUAGCUAUUUUUCCCACCUUUUUAAUACUGAAUAAAAUGGAUUAACAUUUAAGAAA